CCGACCGUAGACGCUACGUCGACAUGAUAAGGAAUCUUGCGCCUCUACAAGAAAGCAAUCCCAUUUACCCAUACUCCUGUAAAGUCUGGACAAUCGAUUUCCUCCCAAACUCAUCUAGCGACCAUGACACGAUCCGCCCUCCUUAUCGGCGCCCUGACACACACGCGAAAAGAGUGGGAACAACUCGGAGGCGUCGCCGACAAGCUAUACGAGUACCCCUCCGGCACGCGCGAAGAGUUUCUCUCUAAAUCCAAGGCCGGCGCAUUCGAGGGCAUCUACGCACUAUACCGGUCCAACGACUCAAAUAAGUACACCGGAAACUUUGACGAAGAGCUCCUUGAUGCGCUGCCUGAGUCGCUGAAAUUCAUCUGUCACAAUGGCGCAGGUUACGACAAUAUUGAUGUGCCGGCGUGUACGAAGCGCGGGAUUGCUGUGAGCAGCACGCCGAUUGCGGUGGAUGAUGCGACGGCGGAUGUGGCGAUGUUCUUGAUGCUGGGCGCGUUGAGGAAUAUCACGCCGUCCUUUCAGGCUGUCAGGCAAGGCAAAUGGCGCGGCAACUUUGCGCUUGGGCACGACCCGAAGAACAAGGUGCUGGGGAUCCUGGGUAUGGGCGGAAUCGGUUCCGCGGUGGCACAGCGCGCAAAGGCGUUUGGCAUGAAGAUACAGUAUCACAACCGGAAACAGCUGUCAUCGGAGAAAGAGGAAGGUGCAAAGUAUGUGACUUUCGACGAGCUGCUGGCGACCUCAGACGUGCUCAGUCUGAAUCUGUCGCUCAACCCUUCCACGAGACAUAUCAUCGGAAAGCAAGAAUUCGAGAAGAUGAAAGAUGGGAUUAUCAUCGUCAACACUGCGCGUGGACCUCUGAUCGAUGAGGCAGCUUUGGUGGAUGCGUUAAAGAACGGGAAGGUCUGGAGUGCAGGGCUCGACGUCUUUGAGGAGGAGCCCAAGAUCCAUUCUGGACUGCUCGAGGCGGAGAAUGUCGUUCUUUUACCCCACAUGGGUACUGCGACGUACGAAACGCAGCGUGACAUGGAGCUUCUGGUUCUGGACAACCUGAAAUCGGCGAUACAAAGCGAUAAGUUGUUAACACAGGUACCGGAGCAGAAGAAAGAUGCUGCCAAGAUUUGAAGGCAUCGAAAAAUGCUGUAUU